CUUGAUGUUACCUUUUUAGUACAACGAUAGAGCAGGAGCGAUCACGUGUCGCGUAAAGCCAUGUUCAUUUCCAAUUCUCUGCAUCUUACACAUUCAGCAACCAAGAAGACCUACAAGGUCAUCAAAUCCAACUUGAAGCCUGAAGACGACCACGGGAAAGAUUCUACAGGCAAGGCCCCUGUCAAGAAGAAGCCUCGCGUCAAGAAAAUCAGCCAAGACGCGGAAAAUGACAUUCAAGUGCCUCCAAAGCGUCGUCGACUACGUGGGUUCCUUGAAAGGGUCUCGAAAACACCUCUGGACAUUUUCUCCAAUCUCGAUCUCCUCGACCUCCUCCAACUUUCUCGUACUACGAAAGACCUUCGCGCAGUUCUGCUUCGACGCUCUGCCACUUUUGUCUGGAAGAGAGCGCGACAAAAUAUUGAAGGGCUGCCGCCAUUGCCAGACGACCUGAGUGAGCCUAAGUACGCCUAUUUGGCGUUUGAUAACCAUUGCACGAAUUGUUUGCGCCACACGACACAUGUUCAAUGGGAAUCAAGGACCAAAUAUUUAUACACUCGCUAUUAUUAUGAACCGGCCAUCAAUGCUCUGCGCGAAGAAUCCAAGUCAUUGCGCGAUCAAGCGCUGGAUAGUUGGGUAUCGAGCAAACGGGCCGCGUAUAGAACCUUACAAUCUAAUGCGCGAAUAUGCAACAAUUGGUUCACCUCCACAACCUCCGCUCCCAGAGGCUCGCAGCGUAACUACACCUUUGCUUCGAUUGUCCUGCAAACUCACUUCGAGCAUUUCAGAGUCAUUGAACGCCUAACUGCCCUGGGAUGGGGCGAGGAAGUGCAACGUUGUGAGCUUAAGUAUGAGCUGCGCAAUCACAAAUUAGUGUGGCAGCCGCGACUUUUGACAGAGCGAGCCUGGUCCGCCAUGUCCGAUACACUGAUCUCCCUAGCUGAAGAGCAUAAAGCCAACAGAGUCAAGCGGGAUAUGGUUUGGACCAUCCACAAAAGGGCUCGCUUAUUCGCUAGUACCUACUCAGAUGCUACACGCGAUAUUCCCCUGCUUCCUAUGUUUCCAAAAGCGGUGGAUGCGGCAUUGUUGAACCCUUUCUCAAAAAUAAUGUUUGCCACACCGUUGGACCAGGAUAUCACCGAAUCUUUGAAAGCAGCACUGGUCGAUCUUCCUGAAGUUGCAGCCGAGUGGCGGGAGACCCAAGCUUCCGGGCUUAAAGGACUGCUGGAGAAGGCAGGUUUCAAACCCGAUCUCAAUCUGGCUACGUCUUUUUUCGACUGUAACUGUUGCCAUCACCUCUUCCAAUAUCCUUAUGUCUUGGCCCAUCGCUGUGCGUUGCAGUAUACAUCUGGGGACGCCUUCGACCCUAAAGACUGGACAACCUAUGCACUGACACGUAUUUCGCCUGACCCAUGCGUGGCCUGGUCAGCGAGUCACUUCACGGUCAACGGAGAAGCGCUCACAAGGGUGCAGGAUAUCAUUCGAACAUGUUGCCUAAACCCUGACACUGCGACGCGCGAAGAUAUGGACUCGCUGGAAUGCCGUGUAAUAUGUAACCAUUGCAGUAACACGAGUAAGUUCGUCAUGCAGUGGAACAAUGCUGCGUGUCACCAAGACCACUCGAGUGUCGGUCCACAUUCGUGGAGAUUACUCGACGACGGAAAGGAACUAGAACGUGUCAAAAGUCUUGAGAGAGAGAAAAAAGGAAUGCACCAUUGCAAAGUUCUGAUCGGAAGAAGAGGUAGCGAGCUGGAAGAGCAUUUGCGUGAAGUGCACAACAUAAAAACAGUGUCUUCAUAUGAUUGGGACCGGCCUGUGAACACGAGAUGCCCCGGUACCAAUGCAGGAAGUCAAGGCAUAUAUCUUUCCCCACGCGUUGAAGAGCAAAAGCCAUCCACAGUAUCCGAAGAAACGGAUGGGGUUACAGCUGCGAAUUCCAGUGUGGCCACCGAUUCCUAGUCCGACGCUUCCACUGGUGCUAGCGCUAAUUAGAGACUGUGUUCGGACUUAUUGGAUGAUGGCUGUAGCCACAUAAAUAAACUUGCGGGAGAACUGUAUUUGGUCGGAGAAUGAAAAUAUGAAAAGCCGGCGCCAAU